AAAUACAAUAAAUUAAAAUUGAAACUUGGCGUCUGUUGAGUUUUGUUGUGGCACAGAGAUCCAAGAAAACAACACCACUUUUGUUUUCUUUUAAGUUUUCUCAGAUUUAAGCAAACCCCACAAAUAAAAUGCCACUCAUUUCUUUAAUCUCGCUCUUUGCACCACUUUUUACUUCAUUCUAAAGAUACCCAUUUGAAAAAGAUUUGAUUUUUUGAUGGUAUUAUAAAGAAAAAGAUUUGAGUUUUGAUUGGAAAUUGGACCCAAGAAUGUCUGCAUCGGCUGUAUCGUCAUGGUCAAUAGCUGCAUGCAUGUCAGCUGCUUGUGAAAAUGAGCAAGAGAAGAACUUUUUUAAUAGGAAUAAGACUUGCAAUGGCCUUUCAUUUUCCAAUUCUUGUUUAGUGAGAAAUGAGUGUUCUUCAAUCUUUGGAUGUUGGAGGAGUAAACACAGGCGCAAUCCCACUUCAGGUGGCAUAAGGGCUGUUGCUGUACAACCAGUGAUGGAAGUUACAUCAAAGAAGAAACCGCCAACCAAGGAAAGGCGAGUGGUUGUGACCGGGAUGGGGGUGGUCACGCCAAUUGGUCAUGACCCCGAUGUGUUCUAUGAAAACCUGCUCCAGGGCAUCAGUGGCAUAAGCGAGAUAGAAGCUUUUGAUUGUUCGCAUUUUCCAACAAGAAUUGCUGGAGAGAUCAAGUCUUUCUCUACUGCUGGCUGGGUUGCGCCUAAACUUUCUAAAAGAAUGGACAAGUUCAUGCUUUACAUGUUAACAGCUGGUAAGAAGGCAUUAUCAGACGGUGGAAUUACUGAAGACGUAAUGGAAGAAUUGGAUAAAACAAAAUGUGGAGUUUUGAUUGGCUCUGCUAUGGGUGGGAUGAAGGUCUUCAAUGAUGCAAUAGAAUCUUUAAGGAUUUCUUAUAAGAAGAUGAAUCCUUUUUGUGUACCAUUUGCCACUACAAACAUGGGCUCUGCGAUGCUUGCCAUGGACUUGGGAUGGAUGGGUCCAAAUUAUUCAAUUUCAACGGCAUGUGCGACGAGUAACUUCUGCAUAUUGAAUGCUGCUAACCAUAUCAUUAGAGGUGAAGCUGAUGUGAUGCUCUGUGGUGGAUCUGAUGCAGUAAUUAUACCAAUUGGAUUGGGAGGUUUUGUUGCAUGCAGAGCGCUUUCCCAGAGAAACAGUGACCCUACUCGAGCUUCUCGGCCUUGGGAUAGUAAUCGUGAUGGGUUUGUCAUGGGUGAAGGAGCCGGAGUACUGCUUCUAGAAGAACUUGAGCAUGCCAAGAGAAGAGGUGCAACUAUCUAUGCUGAAUUUCUUGGUGGAAGCUUUACUUGUGAUGCUUAUCACAUGACAGAGCCUCAUCCUGAAGGAGCCGGCGUUAUCUUAUGCAUAGAAAAGGCCUUAGCUCAGUCUGGUGUAGCCAAGGAAGAUGUGAACUACAUUAAUGCACAUGCCACAUCCACACCAGCGGGGGAUCUCAGAGAGUACCAAGCUCUUGUACAUUGUUUUGGUCAGAACCCGGAGUUACGAGUGAACUCUACGAAGUCUAUGAUCGGUCACCUGCUAGGCGCUGCUGGUGCUGUCGAGGCAGUAGCAACCGUUCAGGCAAUACGAAGUGGAUGGGUUCAUCCAAAUAUAAAUCUUGAAAACCCAGAAGAGGGUGUGGAUACAAAUUUACUCGUUGGUCCCAAAAAAGAAAGAUUGGAUGUUAAGGUGGCAUUAUCUAACUCAUUUGGAUUUGGUGGCCAUAAUUCAUCGAUCUUAUUUGCUCCUUACAAGUAGAUAUCAGUGACAACAUUGGUACAUCCAAAGGAAAAUCCAUUAGUCCUUAAUUUCCAGUUACAAUGGAGCUGAAAUUCCUAAAAGGCCUCAUUUUACUGGUAAUAUCGUUUCCUAUGCAACAUAAUUUGUUGACAUGCGGAAGAAGGUUUCCUUGUAGAUAAUCAUUGGAGCAAGCAUUAAACUGAAGGAUUUCCUUUUAAUUUUACUGUGACAUUCUUGUUUUUGAUCAUUAAACUGAUCUCGUAUUUUCUUAGGCACCAGAAAAUGAUUGUAUGUAAAAGGCAUUACUGUAGGACCUUUGAAUAAUUGCUUACUGUUUCCUUGGUUAUCUGGAAAUUGUUUGGGGAAUACAAUAUUAUUCUCUUAAACUUUAAA